UGCCUAGGCGGAGGCUAAACAGAAAUUGCGGAGCAGACUCUCUAAUAACUCCGUUUCGUUACAGCUAGUUGCCAAGAGGGCACAGAGGUCCAUAAAGCGUAUCACUGGAAAAAGUCAGCCUCAGCUUAAACCUACGUCAUGGCUUGCACCUGUGAAGUGAUUGGCCUGGCCUGCGUCGUUGCGCUUAUCUUGAGUGUUGCGGCCAAGGCACCCUAUCAGAUGCGGAUGUUUAUUGUAAUGUUCGGAGCUGGUGUGAUUGUGUUGCUCUGCAUGCCCUUCAUGAUACUGCGACCGAGGGACUAUCGAAAUGGACUAGCACCCUCCUGGUUCUUUAGACAGCUGUGCAAGCUAAUGGGCAUCACCAUGGAAGUGCGUGGUGUGGAGAACGUGAGAAGGGAACAUGGCAGUGUUGUGCUUAUGAACCAUCAAAGCGCUCUGGAUCUGUGCGUGCUGGCUUACCUGUGGCCAGUGAUAGGACGGCCCACUGUGGUGGCCAAAAAGGAAAUUCUAUACAUGCCUUUCUUUGGCGUUGGCGCCUGGCUCUGGGGCACUUUGUACAUCAACAGAUCACGCAAGAGUGAUUCAAUAAAUUCGUUGCAAAAGGAGGCGAUUGCUAUACGCGAGCGGAAUUGUAAGAUCUUAGUGUUUCCGGAGGGCACUCGAAACUCCAAAGAUACUCUGCUGCCCUUCAAAAAAGGUUCUUUCCACAUUGCGAUUCAAAGCAAGUGCACGAUACAGCCUGUGGUUGUAUCGAAAUACUCAUUCUAUGAUGAGGAAAAGAAAAGCUUCCGACCAGGCCAUGUUAUCAUACAAAUUCUGCCCGAGAUAUCAACGGAGGGCUAUGAAAAGGAAGAUAUGGAUAAACUGAUCGAACUUUGCCGCUCCACCAUGCAACAGGAAUUAACAAGGUUGAGUAAAGAUCAGGUUGCUGUGAACUCAAAAAAACAGUCAUAAAUAUAUAUAUAUAUAUAUAUAUAUAUAUAUAUAUAUAUACUAUAAUGUAAAACUCAGGUUAUAUAUACAAAUUGUCGGUAUUUAAUGAAACGACACAAAAUGCUUAAUAUUCUGGAAAAACAUGUGUAGAUAUGUGACAGACUUCAGUUAAUGUAUUAUGAUAUAGAUAAGUUUAAUGAGUAACUAUAAUACAAGUACUGUUUUAGAAUAUUUUUGAAUAAUUUUAUUGUUAGUGCAUUUUACAUGCAUAGUUAUUUGCAGAACAGAUUUUAUGCCAAUGCCAAACGAUAAAACAAAAUCCUAACUCUCGAUAAUUU